AUGGGCUCCUAUAUUCUGUACCUGGCGCUAUGCAGCUUAUUUGUCGUUCAGGCGUUCUGCAAAAUAUCCUGCACCGAAUCGGCAUUCUCUAAAUAUUUAUCGUCGUCCGGGAAUCACAACGCCAGAGUCUUAACAGCUUCACAUAUCGCCGAGGGAGACACCUUCCACGUCCCAGCUGGUGAUAUCGCAUACCCGCAAUCGCCUACAGAUUUACCAGAACUAUGCGCCGUCCAGAUCAACGUCACCUCGAGUCCCGAGUCGGCGUAUUCAUUUGGACUAUUCCUGCCGGUCGAUUGGAAUGAUAGAUUCCUAGCUGUUGGAAAUGGCGGAUUCGCUGGCGGCGUCAACUGGGCGGACGUGGGCGUCGGGGCUCGCUACGGCUUCGCAUCCAUGUCCACAGACACCGGCCACAACAGCACCUCCUCCGACGGACGCUGGGCAUACCAAGCCCCCGAGAAACUAACCGACUGGGGCCACCGCGCCAUGCACGGCUCGGUCGUGCUAUCCAAGCAAAUCAUCGAGGCAUAUUACGGCAGUGCCCUGAAGUACAAUUACUACAGCGGCUGCUCCACCGGUGGGCGGCAGGGUCUGAGGGCUGUCGAGAUGUACCCGGGCGACUUUGACGGGGUGAUUGCCGGGUCGGCGGCGUGGUGGACGACGCAUUUGCAGACGUGGACGACGAAGGCGGGGACUUAUAAUGUUCCUUCCCCUGCGCAGAUUCCGCUGGGUUUGUUUCAGGUUAUUGAGGAUGAGAUUCUGAGGCAGUGUGAUCCGCAGGAUGGGUUGGUGGAUGGUAUCAUUUCGGCGCCGCAGCAGUGUAGGCUUAAUCUGGAGGCGUUGCUGUGUCGGAAGCCGGGGCAGGAGGGGUGUCUGAGUUCGGAACAGUUGGGGACUCUGCGUCUUAUUUAUAGUGACUAUGUGGAUGUGAACCAGACGUUUGUCUUCCCGGCGCUUCUCCCGGGGACGGAGUCGCAGUGGGAGGUGGUUAUUGGCAAUGGGACUGGGAAUCCGCUGGGCGUGGAUUACGUGCGUUACUUCCUGGGUCUCGGAGAGGACUGGACGCAGGAGCAGUUUGAUUACAGCAUUGUUCAGCUUGCAGAUAGGCUUGAUCCGGGCAAUGCGACUGCCGACGACUUUGAUAUCUCGCCGUUCCAGAAGAAGGGCGGGAAACUGUUGACAUACCAUGGAAUGGCGGAUGGGUUCAUUCCGACUGAUAGCAGUUUGUAUUAUUACAACCAGGUAUCCAGUGCUCUGGUCCCGAGGGGUAUUGAUCUGGAUGAUUUCUUUCGGUUCUUUUAUGUCCCUGGAAUGCAGCACUGCAGCGGUACACCAACUAACGUAAACGCGCCAUGGUACUUUGCUGGUCCGAAUCAGAGUCCAACACUCUCGUCCAGUCUGCACGGUGUCCCUGGCUUCACGGAUCCAAAGCAUGAUAUCCUCCUGGCAUUAAUGGCGUGGGUUGAGGAGGACGCUGCACCGGAGAACCUAAUCGCAACGACAUGGAAGAACGACACAAUUCAGGAUACAGUCCAUCGCCAACGGCCGUUGUGCUUUUAUCCGAAGAGGGCUGUUUAUACUGGUACAGGGGAUUCCAAUGAGGCUCAGAACUGGGAGUGUCAGUCUCUAUACUGA